AUGGCCGGCGCUGGUGCAAGUGAAAAUGACGGUGCUUCAGUAGAGCCUUCCCCGGCAAAUACUGAGCAACAAAAAGAGGAAAUGUCCGUAGAACUGAAAAAAUCCCUACGUAAAGGUGAUACCUGGUAAGUUUAUUGUGACAGCCCAUGUUAAUUAAAGUUUAAAAUUACACUCCUCCAGAAUUUGCCUUGUCAGGGAGGGAAACGGAAGUGAAGUUGUUUUCUCCCGUGAGAUUAACUUUCUCUUUGUCAAGACUUAUCGUACAUUUGCACUAAUUUUGCUUCAGGGUACAGAUAAUUCAUUAUUCCUCUCGAUAUUUUUUCCAUUUGUCAACAGAGGGACGAUUUUUAAGUCGUCGUGAACGGGCCGGCGUGUGCUUGUUAAAAAAAAAACGAGAAAAUUUGAUAAAAAGGGUCAUAAAAACUUAGUUCUCUAGUGUUAGCAUAUGUUGCCAAGACAGUUGAAACAUGGAAGGGUAUACAGAUUACCCUGUUAUCCCAACCAUUCUAAUAUUUGGAUAGGUGCCCAUUCCUUUCUCGUAAAUCUGUUUUUCCUUUUUAGUAAAAAAAGUAGUAUAACUGGCAUAGAUUCAGCAAGCUCUUCCACCUUCCCAGGGCUGUCACUAAAUGGCUGGGAGCUGGAAUUUUCUCUGGCUGAUAUGAGCAUGACCCUCCAAAUAAAUGUUGCAACAGUGUUUACAUUUAUGUGACAUGUCCCGAGAUAGCAUCUUUCACCAAUAAUUAAUCAGCAAUGAGAAAAGCAAGAUUUAUUUGUUGUUUUUCAAGGUAUCUUGUUGACUGUCACUGGUUUAAACAGUGGAAAAAGUUUGUUGGAUAUGAUAAAUGGGAUCAGUAUGGGGCUGGAGAUGAGAUCAACAAUCCUGGGCCCAUAGACAAUUCAAGCCUUUUUGCUGGUAAGAACAAUUUUAACACUAUUCUCGAAAUAUUUUGACUUCACUGGUCGACAGUGAUACAUGUAACGGGCAAUUAUUUAUUUAUCCUUAGAAUACCAUGGCCAUAAAAGGAAAUUAGAGGGCUGAAAAAAACAAUGUACAUUCUGUAGUUUUGUAAAGUUUGUGUUCAAACAGAUGGAUCACAUUAUCCACUGGAUCAAAUUAUGGAUGUUUUUUGGAUAGUGCUAUCAUAGUUAAUUGAGUGGAAUGGUUAUGAAACCCGUCAGACUCCUUUGUUGUAUGUUUUUAUGGACCUGAAAGUGCACAACGUUCAAAAGAAUUCCUAUCAUUUUGAUUGUAUUGACCAAUAAAAACAUUACAUUAAUUUAUUCCGUAACAAUUUGCCAACAGAAAACAAAGGAUUGUGCGCUUCAUGGUACUUCCAACAUAAACUGCAGCACUGUUGUUUUUAUCAUUGAUGUUUGCCGCUUUUCAUAACCAGUCUCCUCUAAUAACUAUGGUGCUAUCCAAUAUUUGAUAACUGAGGGCAAGGAUGAUAACUUAUGGUCUGCAUAUUUAUAUCAUCAUGAGCUGUGAGAUAAGAUAAAUCAGUAAUUGAUUUUAUCCAGUGCUUUUUUAUGGUACAGUAAAUACCAUAAAAUUAAUGUAGUGAUAGAGGACACAUUAUUAUAAUGUGUCCUCUAUCACUAGAUUUUACUUUCAGUUGAAAUGCACAUGAACCCUUUGGCAGGUGUGAAUAAAAAAUUUGGACCAUUUAUGGGAUAUAUCAUGCCUUACCUUUUGAAGACAUUGCAUAGUUAGUAUGUGUUUAUAUUUUCUCUGUUUGAAUGGUAGUAUGCAGCAUGUCUUAUAGUAUCCUGUCUAAGUAGGAGGAACUCUACUUCCAAGGUGCUUCAUAUGUCAUCAAAACUGACUGAGCCUAAGCUUUUUCAUUCAUGUGCCCUUAUUCACUCACUGUCGUGCCUUUUUUAAACAUUUCAUUUUCUGUAGCUGAUGGAGUCACUUUAAAGGAACAUUUAAUAGAUGAACUGGAUUAUAACCUGUUACCUGAAGAAGCAUGGUUCAAGCUGGUAUCAUGGUAUGGAGUGACAUCAGAUCAACAUGCUUUGCCAAGGAAAGUUGUUGAACAUGGGAUGUAUCUAAAAAGCUGUAAAGUGGAAGUGUAUCUUAUGGAGUUCAAACUAUCUCAGCACUCUGAUCCAGACACCCUAAUCCCAAAGAAGUUCAGCAAAGGAGAUACUGUUGGUGAGUCCUAAGAAUUUAUUCUAAGUUCUUAUUUCUUUGAAACCUUAUUUUACUGGUCUUGGUAAAAAUCAUAUAAAGUUGAGAAUAUCUUGUUGUUCAUUUUUAGACUUGUCCCUUGCUUACUGCAAUGUGUAAUGUGGAUAAAACUAAAGGAAUUAAAACAAUGAAUAUAUAAAUAAUUACUUAUAUAAAUAAAGGAUGAAACUGAGCCACAAUUUUGCCAAUAACUUAUUUAUCAGAGAGGGGAUUCCUUGCCAGAAAGCUGUAAGGACAAUAUCUCCUUUAUUAACUGUCUGUGAGGUGAAUAGUUAUUGGUUUUAAUAAAUGCAUAUGUUGCAGUUAAUUUUUUAUCUCAGGUAAUUUUUCUUUUUCUUUUGUUUUUGGGUAUGGUAAUGCAUGCUAAUAAAGUUGAAACUAAAGAAAGUUAUAAAAUUACCUGAGAUAAAAAAAUAGCUACAACAUUUAUUUUGCUUUUAAAAUCUAUAUGCAGGGUUAAAACAGAAUUUUCCUUGUCUCCUAUGAAUAAUUAGGGUUAGGCAACAGAGGAAAUUCUGAAUCAAAUCACCUGUAGGUUGAAUACUACUUGACUGUACAGGUGCACUCAGUCAGUUGAUAAAAGCUUCAGGACAUGCUCAACUUUUGACAAACCAGGAAGAAAACCUAUAUGUUCAACAAUAGUGACAUUGUUGGUAGUUAAAAACCUUCCUCUUUUUUCAAGUAGCAAACUAAAUGAGGUUAGAGAAUAAGUAAGAUUUUUAAAUGGAAUCUACAUACACUUUACAUUAAUAAAUUAUGUUGUUUGGACUCUACUAUUUAGGUCAUGUUAUGUCUGAAAUGAAGAAAGUUUUUAACAUCACAGAGGACACUGAAACAAGAUUGUGGAAUAAGUACAUGAGUAAUUCAUGUGAACUUCUUGCAAAUAUGGAGCAAACAGUACAGGAUGUUGGUCUUUAUCAGGGGCAGGUAAGGCAAAUGAUAUCACAGUCAUUCUUGUCCCCAUAGUUGUAAUCCUUUUAACCAAUGCCAUGGAUCAAGCUCUGGGCCUGUGACACUAGGAUGCAUCACAAUUUAGUCUCUUAAUGAAUGGGCUUCUUGUGGGGAAGAUAGAUGCCUCUUUUUAGAUCUCUAACAUGGCUGCAUAAUCUGUGAUGGCAAUUUUAAGUUGUUUGCCAGCAGCUAAGGACAUAGUAAGUGGCGGCUAGGGAAGACUAAGUACUACAUGUACCAGCUAUUGAAAUAGCAACAUUUUUAAGGCAGACUGCUCCUUGUCAUAUUAAAAAAGCAGUUUUUCCAGAAGCUUAUCUCCCUAUGCAGCUGUCUUCCAAGGUGGAUUCCAGCUCUUGUCUUGUCACAGGUGAUCAUUCUCCAGCGAUAGAAUAUUGUUUGUCUGUAGCCAUACUCUCUAAAGAAGGACACGUGUUUAAAGUACUUAGCUGAAACUGAUCCCAUGGGUUUAGAGAGGGACUCCAUUGUUUAGUUAAUGUCUAUAACUUUGAAUGUGACUUCAACAUUCUGUUGAAUAUUUUGACAUGCAGCUAUGGUGAAUUAACUAGAGUAUCUUCUUUUGCUGUGUUUCUAAGGUUCUUAUUAUAGAGAAGAAGAAUCAAGAUGGUACUUGGCCCCGACAAACAAAGCAAAGGUACUUUACAGUGUUUUAAUAUGAUUUUGCUGGACCUGGCCAGGAAGGAAGUGAGACUAAAGUUCACCUUGCUAUGGAACAAAUCUUGGCAUGUUAUUAGCAUGAGAAAACAUGCCUAUCAUUUUUAAAGUAAACGGUUUUCUCAUUUUCAUUUUUUUAGCUUUUAAAAUUGUAUUUCAUUGAAUGUUAUGUAAAUAAUAACAGUUGCUUUUAUUGUCGUUUUGUUUGCAGCUCGUACUCAUCUUCAACGGUAAGUUUUUAUAUCUUACCUUUUUACCCGAAUAGUCAAUACUGUUCAUGGUAGAUCCUCCCUUAAACUGCAAAAUAAAUGAGCAGUCUGUUGACUAUAAUAUUGUUAUUACUAUGCCUCCAAUGGCUGAAUGGGAAUGUUUGAUAAGCAAGUUCUAUUUUCUCUUAAAAAAUCUUUUAUCGGAGGUGUUGAUUAUUAACUCUUUUAUCUGCAGAUUACAUCAAGUAGCUCACACAGCAGUCAGCCAUCAAGUUCUUAUGGGUGAGCAAAGCUGCCUUUUCAACUUUCUUAUAAAUGAUUGAUAAAGCUUAGAAAAGUGCAUGUACCUGUUUACCCAAUUGCAAAGUAGAAGUUAUAAUUUAUUGCACGAGCCAACCUAAAUGCAUUGUUUGUGGUGUCUUUGUAUUUAAGUGUAACCUAUAACAGAAAAGAGCCUUUAAUAAACCUAAAAACAUAUGUAUCCUGCACCUGUUUCAGAUAUGGUAGCAGUUACAGUUCAAGAAGUUCUUGGGGAUAUGAUGGGCGGAGGUCAAGCAGUUCUUUGCCAGGGCUAACAGGCCUUGGAAAUCUUGGAAAUACUUGUUUCAUGAACUCUGCUUUGCAGUGCUUAAGUAACUCAGUUCCAUUGACUCGAUACUUUUUGUCAGACAAGCACAAAGAGGAGCUGAAUCGUGAUAAUCCUUUAGGAAUGAGAGGUGAGAUAGCCAAUGCUUACGCAGGGCUUUUACAUCAAAUGUGGAAAGAACAAUACAGCUCUGUGGCGCCUCGACAAUUCAAGACGCAGGUUGGACGCUUUGCGCCACAGUUUUCUGGUUACCAGCAACAGGACUCCCAGGAACUUCUUGCAUUUUUGCUGGAUGGACUUCAUGAGGAUUUAAACCGGGUAAAAAAGAAGCCAUAUGUGGAGAUGAAAGAUGCAGAUGGUAGGCCUGAUGAAGUGAGUUUCUUAUACGUGUGUUAGAGAUCUUUAAGGCCUACUUCAAAUAUUAAAUGUUUCCUGUAUGGAACUUAAUACCUAUUUAGGUUGACUGCAAUGAUGAAAGUUUGACGGCGGAUUCAGACGUCAAACUUAAAUCAGAUUGGACCCGAUUCUUUUUCACAAUGUACAUUUGUCUACAAUGCUUGUCAGUGAAAAUGAAAUUAAGUAUAGAAAUUAUGCAUUAGUUUGGAGAAGUUCAACAUUUGAAACCAAGUCACUCCACAGUCAAAAUUCACGUCUGGGUCACUCAGUCUUAAUUCUUGUGUCAACCCAAAUUAGAUAAGUUGGACUUAAUUGAUUCAAAUGUCAAUCUCUUCAAGUACUUAAUUGAGAGGGUUAGCUUUGGUACAUAGAAAGGUCCGUGUUUGAAUUGGGUCUAAGAUACCUUCUACUAAGUGUGGUUUUCUGGGUGACACUAAUAUUAAUUAUUUUCAUAUAUGUUGCCAUUUCAAGUUGUUUAAGAGGAACAGUAAACUCUCUCUUAAUGGAUGGGGGUUCAGUAAGGGGAUGUGGAAGGGUUAGCAAUGGUGAAGACCUCUAAGGUGAAACCAGACAUUAAAAGGUUCGUCCCUACAGUUCUUCAGUCAUUUCUCUGGCUCUAUAUGCAGCAGAUAUCUUAUAAGUUAUGGGGUCCACCUUAAAGACGAAGAUUGCUAUAUAAUUAUCUGCUGCCCGUUGACUGAAUGCUCAAAACCCUGGGCCAAGAAGAGAAUUAACUAAUUCAAAAUUAUCUUCAGUAGUCACAAUGAGUUCUUUUACAUUUUAGGUUGUUGCUAAAGAGUCUUGGCUAAAUCACUUGCAAAGAAACAACUCCAUUAUUGUGGAUAUAUUUCAUGGACUUUUCAAGUCCACUCUGGUUUGUCCUGAUUGUAGUAAGGUCAGUAUGCCUGCUGGUAUGUUUUUUAAAACGCUUAGUAACAAAAUAUUUCUUUCUUUCCUUUGCAUGCUCAUGAUUGAUCGUAAUGAAUAUUGAACAGCAAAUAAUAUAUUUUAUAUUAGAUAAUAUUAUAUUGAUAUACUGUUGGAUAUAUUAUGCACUUCAUUGAUCCUUCCCAGGUGUCAGUGACGUUUGAUCCAUUCUGCUACCUUUCUUUACCACUGCCAGUCAAAAAGGAGAGGAAUCUUGAUAUAUUUCUGGUGCGAAGUGAUCCUCUUCGGAAACCCAUACUGGUGAGUAUAAAAUUAACAUUCAUAUAAUUUAUUAUGCCACUUUUCAUUAAUAUUAUCAUUACACAUUCAAAUUAUGUCUUAUUACAAUACACUAAGUCAUUCCUAUGGAUUGUCACAGCUAUUUUUUUUCUGUUGCAGUACAAAUUGACGGUGCCAAAGAUGGGAAAUAUUGCUGAUUUACUUGCUAUUCUCUCAAAGGAAACAAACAUUCCCAAGGAAAAGGUAGUGUAACUUGAUUUACACACACACAAAUGCACUCAUAUCCAAAAAAAAUAAACAAAACCAUAACCAAACAAAACACAGCAAUGGCUAAUCUAGUGCUAAUGUGGAAGUUUCAUUUUAACUAGUUUGUUAAGUAAGUGUGUGGUCAAAACCCUGUGUUGUGAAAUUCAAGGUAAAAAGAUAUUUAACCAACUUGAAGUGCUGGGAAAAAUUUGUGAGGAAAUCAUAAUACAAUUUUGUUGAUGGAAAGUAUCAGCGAUACUCACUGGUAUUCAGAAAGCUCAUGCAACUGCUGUUGCCUUUUUGUUUCACAGAUGGUAGUAACAGAUGUGUACAAUCACAGGUUUCACAAAGUGUUUACUCUCAAUGAGUCACUGACUCAGAUUCUUGACAGAGAUGACAUCUUUGUGUAAGUGGUACAUGUAGUAUAACUUACUCUUUGUAACCAUGUUGGAGUAAAAGUGAUCAGUGUCCCAGAUAAGAGACAGAUCUUGGGUCAAUGACCCGACAAAGAAGGCUUCCUGACCCAACAAAUGACAUAUGUGUUAAGUUAAAUGCAACGAAAAAAAUUACCACAUGGUCUUGAUGACCCCUCAGAUGGUCUACAAGACCCAACGCUUGAAAGAAUUAACUGGAAUGCUGAGUGAUUGUGCUUUAACACAAUAAAAAAUACGACAAGUGCCACACUAUAUGUGAACUGUAGCCUGCUGUUCAUUCAGCAGAGACGUUUUCAGCUGUUGCUUCUCCGCCAAGAAAUGUUGAUGGAGCAGAUGAGAGAAUAGUGAUCUUCAGGGUGUUUUAAUGAACUAGGGUAAUUGAAGAAGAGCCACAUUAGUUUUUCAAGAGAUUUUUUAAAUGCUUAAUUUGGUCACGUAGCUAUGAGGGUGGCAUUUCUUUUUUGUCACUAUUGAUAGAAACAAAGGAAGUUUAAUUAUUGUGCAAAUAAGGCCUAAGCAAGUAUAUAGAACAAUAUUAGGAAACAAUGGUUGUAAUGCUUUGUUAUAUUACAUAUAUUACAGUUAUGAGCUGCUGCAUAGCAAAACUGAAGAUGACAGUGAUGAAUAUAUUACCCUCCCUGUUUACCAAAGAGAGAAAAGGUAUGUUUCCACAACUUAACUUGCCUUGCUGCUUAAACAUGUACAUUCAUGUGCAUCUGUCAAUUCCAGCAACGCCACCAUCCAUAUUGUUUUUUAGCAAUAUCCUUCACCCCCAACACCUAUUUGUAUCUUCUUGUACUUUUACUUGUAGAAAAAGAAAAGAAAAGUAUUAGUUUUAGACUAAGAGAUGAGGCUUACAUGAGGACACAACUGAGGAGAGAGGAAACUCUUGUUGUCCUUGCACUCCUCUCUCCUGGUAUAUGGUACACUUGUAAGGCUUAUCUUUCAGGUAGCUGUUUGUAAACAGGCUGUCCAUGGCCAAUUUUGAGGUAUAACUCUGUUUCUCAAUUUCCUCUUGGCAGAGCGAGUCUGUCUGGCUAUAGCUAUUCGAGUUCUGGUAAAACACUGUUUGGACUCCCACUGAUGGUGUCUGUUCCAAGGAAAAACUUGACUUACAAGGGAUUGUACAAUUUCUUGUUAGACAGAUUGAGGUAAGUUAUGGACACAAACAUGUCGUUACAAUUCACCCUGUUUUGCCAGCUAUAAGAUAAUGUAAGGACAAGUUAGAUUCUCAACUUUCUAAACCAUGCAUAACACUUCUCCGGUCUUAUCAGUAUGGGUUUUUGUUCCCCUGGCUUUCCUCUUCUUUGAUUUUUUACGUGUGUUCCAAGUCAUUAAGUUAAAAUACUCAUGAAAGACACCAUUCUCAACAAAAUGGGACUGGCAAUGUUGUUCUAGAGGUAAACACAUUUUUCACCGGUUAAUUAGGUAGCAUCGGGUAAGUUUCAUGAUUCUUUUUUUGGCUCAAUUAAGAUUUCUGGGAAAGUGCCCACCUACCCCUCCCCUAAGUCAACAUUAACACUUACCUUUCACUUAGGGCAAAAUUGUGACGUAGGGGAGGGGUAGGUGAGCAGUUACACAGAAACCUAAAUAGAUUACUUUUUUUUCUUCAGACGCUUUAUUUCGUUGCCUGAGGAGGAAGCUGAAAAGGAAUGUAAAAAGGAAGAAAAUGGCGGGGAUGGUAAGUACUGCACAUGCAUCUGCUUUCCAGUUGUUUAAAUGUAAUGGAGCUCUUUUAAUUUAAAAAAGACAAAACUGAUAUAUCAAAAUAAUGAUCCAAACUAUGUAUAUCUGUUUUCGUGUCUUUAGAUGUUGAGAUGAAUGAAGAUUGUGGUGAAAAUGAGGAUUCUGAGGAAAGAGAAUUGGAAAAGGCCUACCAAAAUGUUCAUGUCAAUGUAAGUAAAAAACAGUGAACACGGUUAAAUAUUCCUAGUAUUAUUUUCUCACAACAAAUCAAAACAGAAUACAAAUUAAUGUCCUACAUGCCGUUUCUAAGACGAUUCUCGUUUAAGUGGUAAUUAAUGAUCUCCAUGGUCAUUCUAGUCCCUGAAAAUCACUGUAAGAGGUCCUGUAGUUUUUAUGUGGGUUCCUUCCCUUAGAGAUACUUUUACUUAUUGUUUUGUUUCGUACGCGUUUUUCUCCAGAGUGAUGAAAAUGAAGAUGAUAAUGUUGAUGCACAGAAUGGCGACCAUGACAGUUCAAAUCAAAAGAACAAAGUGAACACAGAGUGUAAAGGAAAGACAAAAAACUCGCUCUUCAACUUGACUCUUGUAAACUCGUACGGCAGUACUGAUAUGCAGGCCUUGCAAGAUGAUGGCAAGAUUCUUAAACUUACAGGUUAGUAAGAGAAGCUCGAUACACAAGCGAGUGCUUUUCGCAAUCUUCAAGUGUUUAACCUUGAUGUUCAGUCCUACAAUCUCUGUGCGAUAAUUCAGUACGCCAGCUAAGUCUCCAUUGAUACCUUUUGAUGUGUCAGUAUUCAGCGGUUUUCAUUUUUGGAUGCUUUGGUUAGUGAAAGCGGUAAUUAACUUGUGUUUGUCUGAUUUAAAGGACGCUGCUUCCUCGCUCUUGACUGGGAUUCAAAAGUGAAGGACAAGUAUUAUGAUGAAAAACUGGCAGAGGUGACUAUGUUUUGGUUUAUUUAAUCUCAGUUGUAACGCAGUUCUUAGGGCCAUCACUCGUCACAUCACGCAACCCACAUAAUGGAGGUAUACUGUCACGAGGUCCUGCCAAGGUGGGGGGGGGUAGGAGUGCCAUGUCGCUCGUCUGAAUUUAAAACGUCUCGUGUCGGUGUUUAGUAAAUGCUUCACGUCGCUGUCGGAAAUUUAACGAAAGUUCUUUGUCUUUGUCGGAAUUUUAGAAAGGGUUAUAGCGAUGCGUUGUGAAGAAACCAUCUGCAAUUUCUCAGUUAACAUUUCGCGUAUCAAACACCUUACUUCUCCUUGUCAUUCAGACUGGUGAUAAAUUAACCAAACCCCGGUUCUUUAUCGCUUAUUCUCGGCUUUGCCGUCACUGUCGCAAUUUGGCCGAGGUAGCGAUUUCAUUUUACGCUCUGUAGCUACUUUUUGGGUCAUUUCGCUUGUCGGAAUUUACCCUGGCAGGGCCUCUGUCACGUGACAGUCAUAGGUCACGCAGUCAGUAGUGCGUGACAAGCUGCGUGGGAAACUAAUGCCUAAAAUGUUCUUUUUGUGCAUGGAAUCUUGAAAGGUUGUUUUUUAGGUAUAAAUGUUUAAUGAAACGGCACUAUUUAAUUUUUCCUUUGUGAGAUUAAAAUAUUUAAUUUGUAUUAUCAUCCUCAUCGGCUUUAUUUCCUCGUUGUAUUUCGGACGACGAGAAGUUAAAUGGUUAAAAAAUUAGUCUCAGACGACAAUGUGUAACUAAGCAAAUACUUUCUUCUUUCGAAGGAAACUGAAGAACAUGAAAGCGUGAACAGGAAACCAGCACAGAGGAAGAAUUGUGUUGGUUUAAAUGACUGCAUUGAGCUGUUUUUAUCCAAAGAAAAACUUGGUGCAAAUGAUCCAUGGUAAGCCGGGUUCAACUGCUAUGAUGAUCUGCCUCACAUUCACUGGUAGUUUAAGGGAACCACCUGUGUGUUUGUGUACAAAACCAGCGGAGAUGAUUCAGUUCGUGUGACCGCACGAUCACUACAGCAAACAAACUAGACUAGUGAGAAAGAAAAAUUGUUUGAUCUAAUUUAUCGAACAGAAGCAAAGCCGCAUCUUUUUGUUAGAGUACAUUCUCUUUAACGGAUCCCUGUAUGAGAUGGACGCCUGGUGUUAGUCCCAAUCCUGCCGUUUUCCUGGUCAUUUUGCCGUAAUUUACGUCCUUUUAUGCUGGGCACCUCUAUAAGCUUGUUAAAGAACGACAUUAAAGGGUGGCCCCUCGCCAUGGUGUUUUCUCUCUCAGGCUUAGCUGACUGUAGUUUGUAUUUGAAGUAACCCACUGUUGACAGGGAACUGAAGAACAAGACAGUCGUUAAAUUUAGUCCAUGGUUUAAAUGUUAUUUUUCUUCGUUUUUGGGUAUGAGUGAAACAGUAGAAAAUAAGGUUUAAACCCUACCAGGAUAAAACUGAACGCAACAUUUAUUAUUCAGGUACUGUCCGUCGUGCAAAAAACAUCAACAAGCCACCAAGAAGUUUGAUCUUUGGUCUCUCCCUAAAAUCCUUGUUGUUCACCUCAAACGGUUCUCUUAUAACAGGUUAGUAUCAUGGUGUCUUAAUGUGAGUGUGGUUCUCUGUCCUCCGCAGAGGCUCCCGUUGGGUAUUCCAAUAAAAAAUGGAAUAAUAAAAAAAAAGUAUGCGCACGCCUUCAUCGUCCCCCGCGCGCUUUUAAUUCUCCCUCUCCCCUCCUCCGUACGACACAAAAAGUCCCAGCUCUGCGGAGACUGAGGAGAGGUUCAGGCUGCUAGAAAAUAAAAAAAACGGGAAAUCUAAGACAAUCCAUGGGUUGGGCACGUGGUUCGGACCUUUAGUUAUUGCUGUUGCCGCGGUAUCGUCAAAUAACCUAGAAACACUUAAUCUCGAUAAAAAUACCUUGAAAGCCCUGUCAUUUUGAUCACUCUGAUACUGUCGUUAAUUGUAAAUCGUGAUGAAAGAUGAAUAUUUUCUCGUUAAGUUGUAUAAUAGUUAGGUCAGAUUUAUAGUUUUGCUUUUUUUUUUUGCCUCCAAAGCUUCUGGAGAGAUAAGUUGGACACACUGGUAAAUGUUCCUUUAAGGUGCGUUAUGUUACUUCCUGUUCUUUCCGCUAUUUUAAUAUAUGUAUAAAUUUUUAGAACUUUGCAUUGUGUCAUUCUUGAAAAAAUGGGAGGCAAGAAAUUAGUUACGAUGUCUUGAGGUUGUGACGUUGUUUCAACAUUGCAACGCUGUGUUGCGCUUAAAAUCGUUUUUGCAAAUCGUCUCGUGUACCAUCACCUUUACUUCUUGGACAACGUGGAUAGACACAGUGGUUAUACAUUUAAUUGCAUGUCACGCCGCUCUUCCUGUUGGCUAUAAGUAAAAUUUACUUUAGUUGUCACGGGUAAUUCCCAUUAAGUUAAAUUCAAUUUGCCAGAUGUCUGGCUCGUUAUUCCCAUGAGGCUUCGUUUGACUGAUUGUUACAGGGAUCUCUGACUGUUGAGAAGAUGGCAGGGAGUAGAGGAGAAGAGACAUGUCCUCGUCCGUCCACCAGUGCGUAGAUAUACAAGAGAGGCGGCUACAAUCAACAAUGAAUAUUGCAAUUUGUCACCAAAAUAACAGUUGGAACUGGUGUUGAGUCAUUUCCUUUAAUUUCAGGGACUUUGAUAUGUCGAAUUAUGUAAUUAACAAGGAGCAGCCGCGUCCAGUUUACAAUCUGAUUGCAGUUUCAGUAAGUAGUAUGGCUUUUUUAAUUUCCCGCUUCAGAAACUGGACGGAGAAUGGGUAAAAGCUUUGUGUGCAGUGAUUUCUGGGAUUAUUUGGGCGGACGAACGUUAGUUGUGAUUGGUCGGUGGUAGUCAAGGCAACCACCCAAGCGAUCCCAGAAAUCAUUGCACCGAAAGCUUGUACCCAUUCCCCUUGUAAUUUCUGGAGUGGGAAAUAAUUUUCAAUGACUCUUUGUCUUUUUCUUUUGACUUUGCUGAAGAGAAAACAAAGCCCUUUGUAUUGUGUAAAUCAUGGUUGAAGGGAAAGUUUCCUGCUUGUGUUAUGACGAUCAGACUCAUAGCAGUUUCAUGUUGCGAAUCUAGCGAGAAGGAGUGUCCUUUAAUGAUCCUGUUACUAGUAAAAAUAUCAAUCGAGCAUGGAUUUCAGAUAAGUGUCGCUCAUUCCUUUGUUUGUAGCAGGUUAAAGUCGCGCCGGUUUUUCAGCCAAUGCGCAGUUCAUUCAUCGUUCUGUCCGCAGUCGUUUUUUUUGGCCAAGAUAAAUAACUUCAUUUGAUUUGUCGACCCAUAUGCUAACGCUAGGGUUCCUUUAAUUCCAAUUUGUUCCGAUUUUUCUUGCUUUUACAGAACCACUAUGGCGGCAUGGGAGGAGGACAUUGUAAGUAGUUUGUUAUGGUUCACUGGUAGUUGCUCUAUAUAUUGUAUGUUGGCUUACUUCCAUUUAGUGUAAAAUGACCUUUUACCACAUGUUAUAUUGCCCGCAGCAACUGAACCUUUUACUCCUUGGUUUUACAGACACUGCCUAUGCUAAAAACUGUAAAGAUGGAAGAUGGUACUCCUUUGAUGAUAGCUCAGUGUCUUCGGUGGACGAAGGACAAGUGGUUGUAAGUCUGUCCGCUGUUGUCUGUUUGUAGAGCGCAAUGUUCGGCGACUUACACAGAGUUUUAGGGACCUCUAGCAGCACAAAUGUCCCGUCCGUAUUUCGGUCGCACGGGGACUAAUCUGCUCUGGGUGCGAGAAUGUUAUAACCAAUUCAACAACUACGUCGCUUAGUGGAGGUGGGUGCCCGGGAUGUCCAAGACAGAGUUACGCCACCAUGGCUGGCAAACCCGCGCCUUCCAGCCAUGAGCCCCCAUGCCAAUGGAGCCAGGCACCUGUCACACUGAUUUGUCAGUGGAAAAAUAAAGGGGGGAGUGAUGCGGGUAAAAGAAUGAUCCAAAGGCUAAACGAAGAGAGUGGCCGCCAGGAAAACGCUGUACUGAGCACAUGGAGUUAAUGCAAGCAAGGCUGACCGCGCUUGAGCCAAACCGGCGACUGACCGCUGACCACGUCCGCGCUCCUUGUUGUUAACAACUUCAUGAAACAGAAUGAGUUUGAAUGAAUGAAUGAAUCACUUUUAUUUCAAUACGGUAGUUUCAGUUCAGUGUCCAAGAUUGGUUUAACAUUGCUAGGCCUUUUGAAUGGAAAAAAAUUCUUGCGUUACAUUUUUAACCAGUCAGCUGCACUUCCCUGUACCUGUUCACCCGGUCUUGACGCCGGAUUGGCAUCCGUUCUUUGUGUCGUCACGCAACGCCUUUCCUCAUAUGAGUUGUGUCACGAUACAAAGAAUGGCUGUAAGAACAUAGAUACCCAGCGUAGCUGCUGGCAACAUUGUUAUGCUUGGGAUACUUUCUUGCUGCGGGUGAAAUCAGUUAACUAGGUCCCAAUUUUCGCGCAGCUCCGCAGCUUAUGAAACUCGUUUUUAGUCUGAAUCUCAGCGACUUUUCCUUGUUUUUAUUGUUUCAGUCCAAAGCUGCUUAUGUUCUUUUUUACGAGCGACAAGAGCCUGCUGACGAGGAGAGGAUGGAAGAAAAAGAAAUUGAGCAGAACCCUGAUGAGGAUGUGGACAUGGCUCACGAUGGACAAUAAUGAAUUCUUUUACUUACGACAGCAAAAAAAAUAGAUUAUAACUACUAAAUUGUCUUUAUCCAAUUAUGUUACUUGAAACAAACUAGCCAAACGAAAGAGCUGCAUAUGCUCUUAUUUUGGGUUUCGCCCAGUAACUCGAAAUAUGAAUAACUUUGUAAAGCAAGUAAACACUACCACUAGAAAGUAGGGCUCGGUAGCUUUCAUUCGAAUGCUCAUACUUAGUCCGUAAACUCGAUGGUUAAAAGUACCGGUACUUUGUACAGCAUAAUAAUUAAUUCAGCUACAGGGAAAUACCGCUCAGUGACUUUCAUUAGCGACCUUUUUAGAUUUUGUAUACAAACUCAAAAGCGGAGAUUAUAUUUUUGGUUAGGAGAAGUUAAUUACUGCACAUAUUCAUUGACAAACUCUUAACUUGCGCCUUAUUACUGAUACUGAUUUUGAACAUUUCAGCGUGGAGAACUAUAUAACUUAUCGAACUGUUAAUUAUUUUAGCAAAACAGCCAACCACUUGACCGAAAUGUGUUGGUUAAGGUGACCCUUGCUAGCAUUCCACUCUUUUGAGCGCACGCAAUGAAAUGAGGUCAAGGCUUGGAUGGACAACUUCUUAGGAAUCACUAACGUAUUUUGUCAACCAGGUUCUUGCGUUGGUGCCUUUAUCACGUGAAUGAAAAAAAAGUCGAUUGCCCAGGAAGGAACUAGAUCACAUCUAUCUAAACCAGACUCAGUGACCAGUGGUUGCAGUGGAAACAAGGCAUUAGUAUUGUAGGGAUGCUUAUUCCCGCGGUAUUACAAUUCUGGUUUCAGUCGAUGUUAUCAAGUGUUUUCCUAUUCUCCAGCGAGUGUUCAAAGAAACAUAGUUGAUAUACUGAAAGUAAG